AUGGCCUCCGAACAAGGUCAAGAGGAAACAACACGACGGAUAAACUUCAGUAAAGACGUGAAAGUCGCCACUAAGGACGAAAACAGCAAUGAUGCUGGUCAUUCCGGGCUCAGAUUUGCGUUGGUAAUGCUGUCUGCCUUUUUAGCGAUGUUUUUAGUAUCCUUAAAUAAACUCAUAAUCUCGACCGCCAUUCCUCAAAUCACUGACACGUUCGAUUCGAAGGACGAUAUUGGAUGGUACGGCACGGCAUACCUGCUAACCAACUGCUCUUUCCAGCUCGUGUUUGGGAAACUGUAUAAGUUCCUCCUCGUCAAAAUCACCUUCCUGCCAUCUUUGCUACUAUUCGAGGCUGGUUCCGCCCUCGGUGGUGCUGCUCCAAGUUCCAUCGCAUUCAUAUUUGGGAGAGUCAUUGCGGGCUUAGGAGCCGGAGGUGUUCUUCCUAGUGUUAUGGUCAUAAUUGUUUAUACCGUCCCGUUACAAAAGCGGCCCAAGUACCAAGGCGUCUUUGGUGCCGUAUUUGGUGUUGCUUCGCUGCUUGGGCCUACCGUUGGCGGUGCCUUCACCACAAACGUCACAUGGAGAUGGUGCUUUUAUAUCAACCUUCCUAUUGGAGGUGCAGUCAUGGUGCUAGUGUUUCUCUUGCUUCAUUCUGUCUCGUUCCUGCUCCUGAUUGCCUUUAUCUUGGUUCAGAUUUGGCUGCUUGAACAAGCUAUUUUGCCACCGCGUCUCUUCCUUCAAGGGAGCAUCGUCUCGGGUCUCUGGGCAAGCUUGUGCAUCGGCGCACACCAAACCAUAAUUCUGUACUAUCUUCCCAUCUGGUUUCAGACCAUUCAAGGUCAAUCGGCCGUCAAAAGCGGCAUAGACCUACUUCCCAUGGUGCUGCUCGCUGCUGCAACGUCUGUCUUAAAAGGGCAACUGGCCUCAUUGGUCGGAUAUUACGCGCCAUUUUUCGUAUUUGACGUCUGCUUCGCCGCGACUGCCACCGCUUUGUUCACCACUCUCGGAGUUGACACUUCGGAGGGGAAGUGGAUCGGCUACCAAAUCCUUUACGGCGUCGGCCGAGUUCUGGCCUCCCAGGCCCCGAAUAUGGCUGCGCAGACGGUACUUCCGAAAGAGGAUGUGGCUAUCGGUGCAUCUCUGAUGCAAACACUAUUUGGCGCGGAUUUCGUAACCAACCGCCUCGCCGGCAUCCCGGGAAUUAGUUUCGAGCUUAUUCAGAACGCGGAGGCUACCGACAUCCUCGAUAGUGUUAGCACGCAGUACCGCGCGGCGGCACUACAAGGGUACAACGACUCGCUACGCGUGGUCUCAGUGGUUGCUCUUUGCAUGGCCUGUCUCGCAGUCCUCGGCGCUGUGACCAUGGAGUGGCUCACGGUCAAGAAGAAGGCCCCGACCAAAAACCCGUCCGGUGAGCACGCCGCUGAGACGGGUCUGGGCCGGGAUAAUAGGAGCGAAAAGGAAGCGUCGGGCCCAAAGGAAGUGGCCGCGCAUACUGUUGAUAAAGAGGCAUAUAACGGUAAGAAUGCCUCCGCAUCCAAUGCUACAGUGAACGAGAGAAAAAUUGCAUAA